AACAGCUGGAAAAACGAAAGCGAAAGUUUAAGCAGUCAGUCGGUACAGCCAGUCAGCCUUCUCUCCUCUUGCCCCAUGAAAUCGCCCUGAUCUUCAGAAGAAUGGCGGAUUCUUUGAAAUCUGAUGUGCCUUCAGAGAAAUAUGUCUCUGACGUUCAUCUUGUUCUGCCUGGGGUGGUAGAUGAUUCCCUGUGUUCCUGCAGUUACACGUACUAUCACUAUCUUUGUGAUGGCGUUGAUGAUAGGGGCUGGGGCUGUGGUUACAGGACUCUGCAGACUUUAUGCUCCUGGGUUUGCAGACAUCCUCAACUUGGUCCAUCACUGAAGAAGAAUUACGUUCCAAGCAUUGUAGAGAUACAAAAGGCCUUGGUUUCCAUGCAGGAUAAACCGGAGAGUUUCAUUGGGUCAAGACAAUGGAUUGGUAGUUUUGAAGUAUCUCUUUGUCUGGAUUAUUUUUAUGAGGUACCUGGCAAAGUCAUUCAUGUCAACAGUGGAUCUGAGAUAAGUGGUGUAUUGCCAGAACUACAUCAACAUUUUCAAGUUGUAGGCGCACCAAUAAUGAUGGGUGGUGAGACCGACAACUCUUCUAAAGGGAUUGUUGGUGUGCGUUUGGAGCCACCUGCCUUACUCAUUGUUGACCCUCACUGCUGUGAGAAAGACCCAGACGCCACAAGUUUGCAGCUAAGCGGCUUCGUCAAGUGGCUGCCCAUUGCAGACCUUCACCUUAACUCCUUCUACAAUCUUUGUUUGCCAAAACCUUCACUCAGCUGAUAUUACAGUCAGGAGAAUGUGAAUGGCAUGGUGUGUGUGUGUGUGUGUGUGUGUGUGUGUGUGUGUGUGUGUGUGUGUGUGUGUGUGUGUGUGU